AAAAUUUUGAAUUCUUUUAUUUUAUUGUCUUGAUUUAGCACCUUCAUCUUCGUCGCCGUCCACUGCCAUGUCCGUCGUUCCACGGCGGCGAUCCUCCUCGACCAGAAUCCAUGUCAUGGCCCUCGACGGCAUCGUCAACGUCAACUCCCUCUUCACCUUCGCCGUCUUCCUCGGCAUCACCUGGUACCCCACCGCUGACCCCACCGUCAACCUCCUUCCCGACGAUGAUGACGGCCCCUGCGCCCCAGCCGCCGCUGCCGCUCAGAGCCUCAUCGCCUGCCAUGUGUACUCCUUCAGCUGCUUCCUCUUCUCCAGCCUAGUCGCCUCGGCGCUAAAGCAGGCUAUUAGAAUCAUUGGCAGCGAAGAUGGAGGUCAUGGUGCAGUCCACGCGCCGGCGUUACGCGUGGGGAUGGUGGCGUCGGCAGUCGGGUCGGUGCUCGGAUGUGGGUUUUUGGUGGCGGCGCUGCUGAAUUUGGUACAGAUAAAGUUAGGGAUUUUCGGUUGCCGACGGUGGGAAACGGUGGCGGCCGUCGUGCCGUUGGUGAGUUUGGUUCCUAUGGCGCUUUUCAUUUACAUCGUUCUUGUUCUUCACGCCUUCACGCGCUAGCAUUUUCCCUCUCUCUCAAUUUUUCUUAAGAUUUAUAUCAAUAUUGAGUUAAUUAUUUUGCUGUGA